CGGAGAGAGAAACGGGACAGACCGACUUGUUGCUCCUCAAAACAAAGCGUGAAUUGCUCCAAAGAAAAGCAAGGCCGGAGGAUUCACGAUUCUGACCAGGCGCCUUGGGACAGCCUGAAAGAGAAGGGCCUUCGGGCGGGCCACGUGGGCAGGCUAGUGGAGCUGUUGCUAGGCGACAACCGCUGUUGGGAGGGCGAUACACAGACGUUCCAACAGAUCGGGGAUUUUCCUCCCAAAGAAAACAAGGGCUCCAAGACUGGGGCUGCUGGGCCUUAGCCAUGGAAAAGAACGAUGCCAUCAACUUCAAGGCUUUGGAGAAAGAGCUGCGGGCUGCACUUGCUGCUGACGAGAAGUAUAAAAGAGAGAACGCUGCCAAGCUGCGGGCCGUUGAACAAAGAGUGCCUUCCUACGAAGAGUUCAGAGGUAUUGUCCUUGCAUCACACCUGAAACCUCUGGAACAGAAGGACAAGGUGAGAGGAAAAAGAACUGUGCCCUGGAACUGUCACAGUACUAGGGAAAGGACUUUUCAGGAUGUGGCCACUGAAAUACCCCAGCCAACAGAAACAGACUUUUCCCCUCUAAUCCCAGAACAGCAAUCAGACGGUGGGACUGAGUUGAACUGGGCUCAGCAGUCCUUUAACAUUGGGUCUCAGGAGAAAUCGUCCUUCCAGCCUGCAACCUCUGCAGAGUUUUACCGUGACUGGCGGCGACACUUAAGAAGUGGGCCAGAGCGCUACCAAGCCUUGCUUCAGCUUGGGGGUGCCGAGCUGGGCCACCUCUUCCAGAUGGAUGUGGGCUUUGGACUUCUCGGGGAGCUGCUGGUGGCACUGGCUGAGCACGUGAAGCUAAGUGACCGGGCGGCAGUGCUGGGGAUUCUGCACAGCUUGGCUAACACUGGCCGAUUCACCUUGAACCUGAGCCUGCUGAGCCCUGCAGAGCGAGAGGGCUGCCAGCGCUUGUUUGAGAAGUUGCAGGCCAUGGGCACCACCAGGCCCAUGCAGGAGGGGCUCGGCAUGGAGGAGGAGCCAGCUGCCGGGCUUCAGGGAGAGGAGGAGCUCCUACGGGAGCUGUUAGGGCUGUAUGGGGUCCACUGAUGGGACCGGCUGCCCUCAGCAUUCCCCAGUGGUCUCGGAAAGCAUUUUUUUUUAAAAAAGACUUGUUUUCUUGUAUGUGUCUGUGUGUUUUGCCUACCUGUAUGUCUGUCCACCAUGUGCGUGCCCAGUGCCUGAGGAGGCCAGAGAGGGCGUAGUUACAGAUGGUUGUGAGCUGCCAUAUGAGUGCCGGAAUCAAACCAACCCCAGUCCUCUGGAAGAGAAAGCUCUUAACCACUGAGCCAUCUCACCAGCCCCCUAGGGACACCUUUUGUGGUGGUUAUCUUGGAGUUUCACAGAAGUAUUGAAAGAAGUGUUGGGAGAAACCCACACCCACUUACUUCCCUUUUCAGGUAGUGGGCUUGCCCACUUCUCCAAGUCAUAAUUUUAUCUAUGUGGAUCCCCAGGAUACCAAGGGCCCAAUUGAUUGAGAGUGCUACCUACCUUUUGAGUUUGCCAUGUCCCUAGCCUUGAGAGGUGAGUGUGUUUUCAUCUAAAUUCUGGCCACACAGAGCUUCCUCCUAGAGGGGAAAAAAAAAA